UUCAAGCACCCUUAACGUACAUGUGCGUGAGAAAGGUAGGGCAAUGUACUUGCUGCUUUGUUUCUUUGUCCCUGUACAGUGAUGUAUCAUUUCAAGAGUAGUGGCUGCGUGCAGCUGACAGACCUGGUUUCAGAUGCCAUUCGGAGCAUCCUCAGGCUCAUUAAUAAUGAAGGCCUCUGACAGGAGCCGUUUUGCCUGCCUUUGUUUUCCACUGUAGGUGAAGGGAGACAUGGAUCUCUCUGUUUUGCCAAAUAACAAUCAUCCUGACAAAUUCCUGCAGCUUGAUGUAAAGUCUUUAACGAGGAGCUCAGCCCUCCUUCAGGCCAGCCUGGCAAGGUAUCCGUGUGGAAAUUAUCCUGCUGCACAACACUGGCAAAACCUUGUCUACUCGCAGAGAGAAAAGAAUAAUAUUGCUGCUCAACGAAUUAGGGGAUCCAGUGCAGAGAGCCUUGUCACUGCUGAUAGCCCCCCACCAUCCAUGUCAUCAAUUAUGAAAAAUAACCCACUCUAUGGUGACCUAAGUUUGGAGGAAGCUAUGGAAGAAAGGAAAAAGAACCCAUCAUGGACCAUUGAGGAAUAUGACAAACGUUCCCUGCACACAAACCUCUCUGGACAUCUGAAGGAAAAUCCUAAUGACCUGCGGUUUUGGUUGGGAGACAUGUACACACCAGGUUUUGAUACUUUAUUGAAAAAGGAAGAGAAACAAGAGAAGCAAUCAAAAUUCUGUCGUAUGGGUCUGAUUUUACUUGUCGUUACCUCCAUCUUGGUUACCAUAGUGACUAUUAUUACUUUUUUCACCUGAGGAAACUGCCACCAUCAGAGCUAUUUUAAAUUUCCUAAAAAAUUUUUCUAGAUAAACAUUUGCAGCUUCCCGAAAAAAAAUAACAACAACCAAAAACAUGUACAUCCAGUAUGAAUGGAUUGUUGAUUGUACUAUUAAAUGUAAUUGUCUUGUAGAAUGUGAAUGUCACAUGUGGUGUGAUGGCUUCUGUACUUUGUUCUAUAAAAGCUUUGUAAGACUUCCAGCCUGAGCUUUGUCCUUUGGGAAGCAGGAAUUCUGAGGACCACAGUCACAGAAGAGUCACUAUAUACAACCCAAAUCAAGUAUCUGGAUAGGGAGCAAAACAGUAUCAAAAAUUGUCAGCAGCUUUGUUUUCAUAGUUAAUCUGUAUUAACCAUGUUUUAAAGAUACUGUUAACUCUUUACUACCUCAUCCUCCUGUAAUCAUCAGAAAAGUUUGAGCAGAUAUUUUUUUUUCCAACUGCUGGGUAGCUGGCAAAAAUCUAGUUGUGCUGCCAACUGAGUUAGAUUCAUUCCCUGUUUUAUUUUCCUAUAUUUCUGUUUAAGUCAGAAAUAAAGGAAGGAGGGAACUAUCUUAUUGAAAUCUGUUCUUAUAUCCCCAGUAAUCAUCUAUAAUGUCCCAAUUUCAUGCUGCUACUUUAAUAGAAUUAAACUUGCACAGGCCAUAGUUACAAAAUUAAUUACGUUUAGAUCCAAUUUAUCCAAAUUGGCUACUGUGACCCCUGGUGGCAGUCAAUGUGUAUAUAUCGCCAACCAUGGUCUAGGUUGGGGGUCCCUGGGAAAGCAGAGGGAAUACCGUUAAGAGAACAUGGUGUAAAGCCUAACUGCUACUUGCUAACAGACUCUGGCAAGUUAUUCUCUCAGAGAAGGAAUGAUACCACCUGCCCAAGAGGGAUGGCCAAAGGACCAAAUACAAAACAGGUAUGAACAGUAUCUGACUCUUAAUAAGCAGUUUUUAGUUAAAGGCAGUUGUUAUUAUUAAUUUGUGCUAGCUAAUUGACAACCUGAGCUUACCUUCCAUUGUCUGCAGGACAUGGUUCUGGUCACAGAUGGGGAAUCAAGUCACUGCUCUUUCUUUCCUUUUACAACAUCCUCUCCUAAGCCCUCAUUCCCACUCCUUUCUCAUCUUAAAACACCCAGCCAAAGUCUAUCUUAUGCAAGAAACAAAAGAGGGACUUUCUCUUCUUCCCAUGAGCCUGAAGUCAGAUCUUUGUCCUGUGAUAUUACCAUACCAUUGUGUUGUAUUUGUCUCAAAGAUGCUUGAAAUAAAGUACAGUAAAUGACAGUUUUCGCUGGGCACAGUAGCUCACGCCUGUAAUCCCAGCACUUUGGGAGGCCAUGGUGGGCAGAUCAUGAGAUCAGGAGUUCAAGACGAGCCCCAACAUAGUGAAACCCCCUCUCUACUAAAAAUAGAAAAGUUAGCCAGGUGUGGUGGCGAUUGCCUGUAGUCCCAUCUAGGGUGGGAGAAUCCUUUGAACUCAGGAAGCGGAGGUCGCAGUGAGCUGAGAUUUCGCCACUGCACUCGGGCCUAGGCAACAGAGCAAGACUCCAUCUCAAAAAAAAAAAAAAAA